UCUUCUCCCAGCAGGCCCAGCAAGGGGGAAACGGAAGUGAAGAGUCCCAUGGCGGCCUCAGGGGAGGAGACGGCCUUGGAGCAGCUGGGCCACGAGGCCACCUGCCCGCUCUGCCUGGACCUCUUCCAGCAGCCCAUGGUCCUGGCCUGCGGGCACAACUUCUGCUGUGACUGCCUGGCCCGGCUGGGCGCUGAGGCUUCCUGCCCCCAGUGCAGAGCCAGGGUGGAGCCCGGCAGCGCCUACCCCAACCGGGCCCUGGCCAAUAUCGUGGGCCUGGUGAAGGGGCUUCGGCUGUCUGGGGGAGCCCAGGAGGGGAGCAGCGGCCCACAGCUGUGCCAGGACCACCAGCAGCCCCUGCAGACCUUCUGCUCCAGCGAGAAGCGCCUCCUUUGCGCCGGCUGCCUGGGGGGGCACCAGGGCCACCCCCUCUUCUCUCUGCCCGAAGCUGCCCAGGAAUACAAGGACUUGCUGGAUGCCCUCCUGGAGCCCCUGAGGAAGGAGGAGAAGCAGCUGCUGGAGCAGAGGCGGAGAGAAGAGCAGAGCCGGCAGGAGUGCCAGGAGCAAUUAGCCACUGAGACGCAGAAGGUCAGCCUGGCGCUGGGGUCCUUGGAGGAGCUGCUCCGGGAGAGGAAGUCGGUCUGGUUCGCCUGGCUGGCCGAGCAGGAGGAGAAGAUGGAGGCCGAGUGGGUGGGCCCUCUGGCCCAGCUCAACGGGGAGGCCUCCCGCCUGCAGCAGCUGAUUGCCCAGAUAGACAGGAAGUGCCGCCAGCCGGACAGGGAAUUCCUGCAGGAUAUCCAGGACACCGUGGACAGGUGCCGGAGUUAUGUGGUGGGGCGUGUGAAGAGCGUCUCCCCCGGGCUGCAAGACAGACUCAAGACCAUCUUGGAGAAAAACACUCCUGUAAGGCAGGUUGUGGACAAUUACAAAGCCUCCCUGGACAUGACUCUGACCAGGAAGAAGCUGGAGCGACCUUUGGCCUCUCCGGCCAGGAGCGGCUUACUCAGCAAUUUUCAAGGAACACCUGUUCCACAAUAUGUACAACUUCCAGCAGCGACUAAGGUCUACGUCACGCUGGACAGCUCAACCGCCCACCCGCGGCUCUGGUGCCAGGGAACCACUCUGACUUUGGCCAACCAAAACCAGAAUCUCCCGGAUGUGCCAGGGAGGUUCAACCAGGAAUGGUGCGCCCUGGGCUGCGAGGCAUUCACCGCAGGCUGGCACUAUUGGGAAGUGUCUGUGCCGGAAGGUGGCAGAGGAGUCUGGGCUGUUGGGGUGGCCAGAGAGUCUGUACGCAGGAAGGGGAACUUCCGGCUGAGGCCCCAGGAGGGAAUCUGGGCCGUGGGGAGGAGUGUGGAGGGGGAGACGGUCGCUUUCUCCAAGGUUCACGAGAAGCUCAGCUUGCAAACGCCGUUGUGGAUGCUGCGGGUGCAGCUAGACUACAAGGCAGAAGAGGUGGAGUUCCAGGAUGCAGAGACUGGGGCUCCCCUCUACACCUUCCGGACGGGGGCCUUUUUUGGGGAGAGGGCCUACCCUUUUUUCUACCUAGGCCAGCAGGGGGUCAGCCUUCAGUGUGAGGGAUGUCCAAGUUCAUCUGUGUGGCACGGCUACUGAUUAUAAGAGAAUAGAAAAUAGAAUAGAAUUAGAACAGGAAGGGACCUUGGAGGUCUUCUAGUCCAGCCCCCUCCCCCCCAUUCAAGCAGGAAACCCUAUAGACCAUCUCAACAACAGUUCCUUCAAUAAUCAGUUACCAGAAUACUGAAAGAAGCGACUUGUGGCCAUUUUGCACACUUGGGACCUCAGUCAAGGCGAUUGAAGUUCAGACCCUUGGCGAAUGACUCACGUCUUUGACAGACGCCCUGACCUGGAAUCCCCUGGUCCCCUUUUGCGACCCCUCUGAUGAGCAAGGUCACCGGGGAAACGGAGUUCCCUCAACAACUGUGUGACCCAUUUAAGAACUGCAGCGAUUCGCUUAAAGUGUGGCGAGAAAAGUCGUCAGACGGGGCAAAACAAAUUUCUCACUUAAGAACAUUGAUUUUUAGUCUCCGUUGGGGACUACCUCCAGGGCACGGGCCCACGUUACCUACCUCCCUGAUUCCUGCUCAUGGGCCUUUUUUCCCCGUGUGUGUGUUUGUGUGUUUGUGUGUGUGUGUGUACUUGAAGCCCAAGAGGUGGGGCUGCAGCACAGUCCGCUAUGCUCAGCCCAAUCUCCUGAUGCCUUCAAGAGGACCAGAUGUUGCCCACUGUCCUCUGGGGUGUCCUUCCAACUCCCCUGUCUAGUCUGCCAGGGUUUCUUGGUGGUCUCCCCUCCCCAUCCAUAUCCUACCUUCCAUAACGUCGCCAUGAUCAGCCCAGGCUGCUUGGGGGGCUGCCAAGCAGUUCUGGGCUGCCGAUGGCCUGGGGGGCUUGGACUGGCCAUGGCCUCUGGGCUAGAAAAUUUGGGUGUCCACGCGUCUUCUGGGUGCCACGGAUGAGAAUCCCUGCCUCAGUACUUUUAUAAUCAAUAAAAACGACAUCUUAAUAUCUGCACGUUAUUCUACAUUUAUGUGAUUCUAAAUUUUACUCCAAUGUUACUCCAAGUUUCUUAUUAAAAAAGCAACAUGUUUAUCUUUUA